AUGAAGUCGCGACGUCGGGACGAGGUCGUGCAGUUCUGCCGGGAGAACACCCUGCUCGUCAUGACCAUGUUCUCCGUCUUCCUCGGCGUCGUCCUCGGAUUCGGGCUCCGUCCCCUGAACCUCUCCCAGGAGACGUUGCAGCUCAUCAACUUCCCCGGCGAGAUAUUUAUGCAAGUACUCAAGAUGAUGAUCCUGCCAUUGAUAUUCUCUUCUCUGAUAUCGGGUAACUCAUUGCUCACCGUACUUUCUAAUAUCUUCUGCAUGUUCAGCGCUCGCUCAGAUGGACGCGAAGGAAUCGGGACAGAUGGGCGCAUCGACAGUACUCUACUACUUGUCAACUGCAACUCUUGCCACUCUCGUACGUUCCCAUCAGUUCCCUGCCUUCAGUUCCGUUUUCAUUUUAGCUGGGCAUCUUCCUAGUGACCAUAAUCCAUCCGGGAGAUCCUUCCAUCAAAGGAACCAACGUCUCGGACAUGCCUGCAGAGGGGAACGUCUCUCCGCUCGACACCUUCCUCGAUCUCGUCCGCAACAUGUUCCCCGAAAAUAUAAUCCAGGCGACUUUCGAGAGAAUGCAAACGACUUACGUGGCAAUCCGCCCGAAAAUCGCAUCAAAAAACGGUUCAGUUGAGAAUAUAAUAGUGAAAAGAGACAUUGCGAUGACGAAGGGAAUGAACAUCCUCGGCAUCAUCGUCUUCUGCACCGGCUUCGGCAUUGUCAUCUCUCAGUUGGGAGAGCGCGCCCGGAUAGUCGUCGACUUCUUCGUCAUCCUGGACGCGGUCAUCAUGAGAUGGGUGGUCACUCUCAUGUGGUUCGCCCCGCUCGGAAUCACGUGCCUCAUCUGCGGAAACCUCCUCGAACUCGACGAUCUCUCCGACAUCGCCACCGUUCUCGCCCUGUACGUGUUCACCGUCUGUGCUGGACUGAUCCUCCACACGAUCAUCACAGUGCCCCUCUUGUUCUUUUUCAUCACUCGAGAGAACCCUCUUCCCAUCUUCCGAGGUAUGAUUCAGGCGAUUGUGACUGCAUUCGGAACGGCUUCUGGGUAAGCUUGCGGAAUGAUUCCCAUCUGAUUUCGUUCAUCUCUUUUUCAGAGGAGCCACUCUCCCGAUGUCGAUGCAAUGUCUGGAAGAGCACUGCGGAAUCGAUCGGCGCAUUUCUCGGUUCGUCCUGCCGCUGGGAAGCACCAUAAACAUGGACGGAAACGCGCUUUACGAAGCGGUUGCCGUCAUUUUCAUCGCCCAGCUGAACAAUGUGCAAUUGUCGCUGGCGGAGGUGCUCACCGUGAGCAUUACGGCGACUGUGGCCUCCAUCGGGCUAGGCUCCGUGCCCGCCGGCCUCGUGUCCAUCCUCCUCAUUCUGAACACCGUCGGACUGCCCAUCCGCGACGUUUCCAUGCUUUUCACUGUCGAUUGGCUUCUGUAAGACCUUUCGAAUCCCUCCCAAACCCAAACUGAUCCGUUUUCAGUGACCGUGUCCGAACGGCCGUCAAUGUACUCGGGGAUGCUUAUGCCGCUUCGGUCGUCCAACAUCUCCUGCAGGUACGUCCACGCCCUUCCCUUCCCAAUACUUUUCCGUUUUUUUGCAGAAGAAAUUGGACAAAGCGGACGCCCGUCACGACUACAAAUCCGAGAUCAAGGGGGAAAUCGAACUGCUCAAGUCGGCGGCCACCAGCAGAAGGCCUUCGUUCACUCUGUCCGAGGCCUCCAAAGAGCUGUUCCUGAACCACGCGAACACUGCCGGAAACUCCCAGAUCGGGUCUCGCAUCGGAUCGUGCCGCGCCUCUGCCACCAAUUUGCACCUUUCCUGGCGAAGCAACCCACUCGAGCCUCCUUAUACUGCGCUGCCCAACGAUGAGAACGUGUAG